UUUCCCGUCAGUCCGUCACAUUGAGAAACGACGACGUUUAAUAGGUUUCAAAACCUGACGUCGUCAUCUUCACCCGUCGUCACUCGUGUGUUUGACGAGAUUUUGGUUUCUGAGGGUUUUGAUCUCUGCAAUGGCGAAUCUAAUGCAUAGAUUCUUCAAGAACAACAAGUCUUGCUUCAAUUCAAUCCAAAGGCUUACUACUACUCCGUCUCUCUUCACAUACCAGAAGCCCUUCAUCAACAACAACAACAUCGAAUCUAUUAUUCAGAAACCCGAUCCAGUUUCUUUUGCUAAUCCCGUGAUUACACUCUCCGGGAAUGAAUUCAAUCAACCUAUGCAGUUUUACCCUAGUUUCUCCAUGGGGUUAUGCUUGAAUCCCAAAAUGAUUCAAGGUCUGGAUCUAGCUGAAACAGCGUCGUUGGAGGAGGAAGAGGAUGCGAAGGAGAACGUGAUUUACGCUGAUAGUGUGAAGAAGAAGAGGAAGAAGAAGAUGAACAAGCACAAGUAUAGGAAACUCAGGAAACAGCUUGGUCGCAAGUCGUAGAAUUUGCUGCUGCUUUAUCCAUUUUUUUUACUAUUCCGGUGAGAAGUUUGCUCCUUUUAUAUCUUCUGAAUGACUGAGAUUCAAAGGAUGAACCUUUUUCUUGAAUUAGAACAAAAAGUUUCUAUAUUCCAUUGCAUUGUCAUUAGUCUGUGUUCAUCGUUUGUUCUGCCAACACAUUUCUAAUAAAACUUUUGCGCAAUUCACAUCA